AUGGACGCCCUGACCCCUCUCCCGGCCCUGAUCCGCAAGAAGCGGGACGGGGAGCGUCUGGAGGACGCCGAGAUCCGGAGCUUCGUGCGCGGCGUCACCGAGGGCACCGCGCAGCAGGGACAGAUCGGGGCCAUGCUGAUGGCCAUCCGGCUGCGGGGCAUGGACGCGGGUGAGACACUGGCCCUGACCCAGGCCAUGGCCAGCUCUGGCCGGACACUGGCCUGGCCGCCCGCCUGGCACGGGCUGGUGGUGGACAAGCACUCAACUGGUGGCGUUGGGGACAAGGUCAGCCUGGCCCUGGCCCCCGCGCUGGCCGCCUGUGGCUGCAAGGUGCCCAUGAUCAGCGGGCACGGGCUGGGCCACACCGGGGGCACCCUGGACAAGCUGGAGGCCAUUCCCGGGUUCCGCGUGUCCCAGAGCCCCGAGGAGAUGCAGCACAUCCUGGCGCGGGUGGGCUGCUGCAUCGUGGGGCAGAGCGCGGAGCUGGUGUCCGCGGACCGGGUGCUCUACGGGCUGCGCGACGUCACGGCCACCGUGGACAGCCUGCCCCUCAUCACCGCCUCCAUCCUCAGCAAGAAGGCGGCGGAGCGGCUCUCGGCGCUGGUGCUCGAUGUGAAGUUCGGGGAGGCAGCUCUGUACCCCACCCAGGAGAGCGCGCGGGAGCUGGCCCAGAGCCUGGUGGAGGUGGGCGCACACCUGGGCAUCCGCACGGCGGCCCUGCUGACCCGCAUGGAGCAGCCGCUGGGCCGCGCCGUGGGCAACGCGCUGGAGGUGCUGGAGGCGCUCGAGUGCCUGGAGGGGGGCGGCCCCCCCGACCUGCGGCAGCUGGUCACCGCCCUGGGUCAGUGCGGUGACACGGGGGGACACGGGGGGGGACAAGGAGGGGGCGGCCCCCCCGACCUGCGGCAGCUGGUCACCGCCCUGGGUCAGUGCGGUGACACGGGGGGACACAGGGCAGGACAGGUCUGCAGACAUGGGUCCUGUGUCCAGUCCUGA